CCCCCCUUGCCCCUGGAAAGCUGAAAACCACUAUGUGCAAGUUCUACUCAUUCGGCACUUGCACAAAGGGAGAGAACUGCGCUUAUGCCCACUCAGAGAGCGAGAUCGGCACGCCUAUGCCUGGAAGAAAUGGUCAAAGCUCUUCAGGGUUUAUGCGAGAGGGAGACUGGAUGUGCGAAUGUGGAAACCACAACUUUGCGAGCCGCAUCCGAUGUAAUAGCUGCGAUAAGAUGAAAGAUGGCAAGAAGCCCGGGGACUGGAUGUGCAGCAAUUGCCGUGCUGAAAAUGAGGCAGCUGCUGAGUCGUGCACCAAAUGCCAGUCGUCCAAAGAGAGUGCGAACCUUACCUCGAAGAUGGAAAUGAUGACAGCUUCCAAAGGUGAUCGGAGGCCAAGAAGCUCUCCGUACGGAAAAGGUGGCGGCGGCAUGGGCUGGGGUGAAAUGGGCGGCUAUGGUCCUAUGGGCGGCUGUGCUGGAGGAAUGGGUUGCGACGGUAUGGCUUGUGGUAAUGGCUGCGGCAUGGGCGGCUGUGGUGGAGACGGUUGGUGGGAUGAGUGGAGCGCUUGGGGUUGGGGCGAUGAUGCCUACAGGCCUGAACAUGGCAUGGUGCCCAUGGGCGGCAAAGGCGGCUCUGGGAAGGGAGGCGGUCCCACACCGCCAGCACAGUCCCGAGCAGGUGACUGGACUUGCGAAUGUGGGAACAUCAACUUUGAGAGUCGAGUGAAGUGCAAUCGGCACAGUUGCGCCAAGAUGAAGCCUGGCUUCGUGGAAGGAGAUUGGAUUUGCCGAAAAAGAGAAUGCAGACAGCACAACAACAUCGCUCACGAGGUAUGUCAAUCCUGCAGUGCUCCAAGGGGUCAAGAUUUCAGAUCCGCUUUCCCUUGAGCUUCGUAGAGAUUGGCG